AUGGUUACUAUUGCCACGCCAAGGAACCGACAAAGGCGAAAACGAGUGGAUAGUAUAGGCGAGACAUCUGGACAAGUUUUAUAUCUAGAACACGUUACACCAAGAGGACAAACCAUCAUUCCUAUGAUUUUUCGUGAGGUCCCACGAAUUGUAGAUUGGGGUGACAGCGAUGUGAAUAAACAGAUGAAUGAUAUCUUGAAGUUAGGAGGCUUUCACCUGGAGGAGUUGAAUGUUUUUGUUGAGGAGGAGCUAAGUGAUGGUGCACUUGGUACCGCAUCCUAG